CUUUUUUUUCCUUAUCAUCGCUUUUACCAAUCAAGACUCUGUUAAUCAUCACCGUCAUUCAUUAUUGUCCUUCUACCCAUGACUUCAACUCCUCGAGGAUACACGCAGCUCCCUUCACAAGCAGACCUCUUCUAUUUUUGUACAACAUUAUCAACAUCUGAGGAAGACCUGAAUAUACAUCACUACCCUCCCUCAAAAUCCUCUCUGAAAAUUGGGGUCCUCCUGCUUGGCCAGGAACGAAUUCAGUUGCUUGAUCUGGCACCCGUCGACAUGCUGGCCAUGAUUGGCAGGGAUCGCAUCAGCCAGUUGAACGCUCCAGAGCCAGCGUUGUACCAAGCCGUGGAUGAGCUCGAUAUCCGGUAUAUCAACGAGAGGGGGGAGGGUGCUUCUCCUGUCACGUCUUCCACCCGUAUACCGGUCACGAACUCAUUUGACAAUUCGCCGGAACUCGACAUCCUCAUAAUCCCUGGAUCUUUUUCCGCAGACGAACUCCCAGUCUCCGCUUCGGAAUUUAUCACCACUCAAGCAUCUAAUCCUAAUCUAAUCGCUAUAAUGAGCAUCUCAUCAGGCGUUCUUUCGCUAGUGCAGACAGGAGUUCUGCACGAAAGACGAGCAGCCGCACCUGCUUCACAAUUGGCACACCUGCAGCAACGAUAUCCCGAGACUUCUUGGCAGGAAACCCGGUGGUCCAGACACGGCAACCUGUGGAGUAGCAGCUCUGCGAUGACAGCCAUGGACAUGGUGACGGCAUGGAUGAGAGAGUACUUCUGGGACAGAAGCGAAGCCGUCGAGUGCGCGCUGACAGCAGCUGGAGUGGCAGGGUUGGAAGAGUACGACGGCUAGCCGUGGAGAGCAGGUGUUUCGUAAGCAUUGCAUAGCUAGCAUAUUCGGCGUUUGUGUUUUACUCACCUCUAGUUUUAUACCCCUCUCCUGGUUUGGCUUAAGCAAGCAUACAGAAGCAUUUGUUAUGACUGUAUAUUAUUUCAAUGCAUGACGGCGGACCGUUACGCGCUUGAACUGUACUACUAGAUAGACGACGGCGAUGGCACGCUAAGGGACAGGCAGCUAUCAAAAGGCAGCAAGCACUACUACUUC